UAAGAAAGUUCAAAAGGAAGCGUUGAAUUAUGAACCUCCUUUCCCUUCCGCUUUUGUCUGGCCAAGCUGGGUGCCACUGGAUGUGAUGUUACUUAUCCUCUGCCAAGGUCUAGCUUCACCAUGGAGCAGUGAUGGCCAUUAAAAAAAAGGUUCAGAAAACCUUCCAAGAAGAACAAUUCUCCAUUGACUGCAAGGCACCCAUAGGGCUCUCACAAUCCAUCCAGGACCACGGAAGUGGAGGCAGGGCAAAACCUGAACCUCUGUUCUGAACUGCCCUCCAUGCUUGUGGAUUGAAGCCCUUUUCUGAGCAGCAUCCUGCCAGCAAGGCUGUACCAACUUCCAUUUCUGUGUCCAGUGACACUUUCUGCCGCCACUCCUGCCUACUUUCGAGGAUUCACACUGAUUGCUCUGAAGGAAGGAAAAGAAGGUGAUAAAGAGGAAGACCAUGCGGGAACGUUUCAGAUCAUAGAUGAAGAAGAGACGCAGUUCAUGAGCAACUGUCCCGUUGCAGUGACUGAGAGCACACCUAGGAGGAGGACACGCAUCCAGGUGUUCUGGACGGCUCCUCCUGCUGGUACGGGCUGUGUCAUCCUCAAAGCCAGUAUUGUGCAGAAGCGCAUUAUUUAUUUUCAAGACGAGGGUUCUCUCACCAAAAGAAUCUGUGAACAAGAUUCAGCCUCAGAAGGUGUGACCGACAAACCAAUUUUAGAUUGCUGUGCCUGUGGAACUGCCAAAUACAGGCUAACGUUUUAUGGAAAUUGGUCAGAAAAAACACAUCCCAAAGACUUUCCACGGCGCACCAACCACUGGUCUGCGAUCAUUGGCAGUUCUCACUCCAAGAACUACAUCCUCUGGGAGUACGGAGGGUAUGCGAGUGAAGGCGUCAAGCAGGUUGCAGAGCUGGGAUCCCCAGUCAAGAUGGAAGAAGAAAUUCGACAACAAAGUGAUGAGGUUUUGACAGUCAUCAAGGCAAAAGCGCAGUGGCCUGCCUGGCAGCCCUUGAAUGUGAGAGCUGCUCCCUCUGCUGAGUUUUCUGUCGAUCGCCACCGGCACCUGAUGUCCUUCCUCACUAUGCUGGGGCCCAGCCCUGACUGGAACGUGGGCCUUUCUGCUGAGGACCUCUGCACCAAGGACUGUGGCUGGGUUCAGAAGGUCGUGCAGGAUUUGAUCCCCUGGGACGCCGGCACAGACAGUGGGGUUACCUAUGAGUCACCCAACAAACCUACGGUUCCUCAAGAGAAGAUCAGACCGCUUACAAGCUUAGAUCACCCUCAGAGUCCCUUUUAUGAUCCAGAAGGAGGAUCUAUCAAGCUGGUAGCCAGAGUUGUCAUUGAAAGAAUUGCACGCAAGGGGGAGCAGUGCAACAUCGUACCUGAUAACAUCGACGAUAUUGUAGCAGAUCUAGCACCAGAAGAGAAAGAAGAAGAUGACACCCCUGAGACCUGCAUAUAUUCCAACUGGUCCCCCUGGUCAGCCUGCAGCUCCUCUACCUGUGAGAAGGGCAAGAGGAUGAGGCAGAGAAUGCUUAAAGCUCAGCUGGACCUCAGUGUGCCCUGUCCUGAUACCCAAGAUUUUCAGCCAUGCAUGGGUCCAGGCUGCAGUGAUGAAGAUGGUUCCACUUGCAUGAUGUCUGACUGGAUUACGUGGUCCCCCUGUAGUGUUUCCUGUGGGAUGGGAACGCGAUCUAGAGAGAGAUAUGUAAAACAAUUCCCAGAAGAUGGCUCUAUGUGCAAAGUGCCUACUGAAGAAACUGAGAAAUGCAUUGUAAAUGAGGAAUGUUCCCCUAGCAGCUGCCUCGUCACCGAGUGGGGAGAGUGGGAUGAAUGCAGCGCUAGCUGCGGCACGGGAAUGAAAAGGCGGCACAGGAUGGUCAAGAUGACUCCUGCUGACGGAUCCAUGUGCAAGGCAGAAACUACAGAGGCAGAGAAAUGCAUGAUGCCUGAGUGCCAUACUAUUCCCUGCCUUCUGUCCCCAUGGUCUGAAUGGAGCGACUGCAGCGUAACGUGUGGGAAGGGAAUGCGAACCCGGCAGAGGAUGCUGAAAUCUGCAGCUGAGCUUGGAGACUGCAACGAGGAACUGGAGCAGGCAGAGAAAUGCAUGCUGCCUGAAUGCCCCAUUGACUGCGAGCUCACAGAGUGGUCCCAGUGGUCUGAAUGCAACACCUCAUGUGGAAAGGGCCACAUGAUCAGAACAAGAAUGAUAAAAAUAGAACCACAGUUUGGAGGAACAGCGUGCCCAGAAACUGUGCAACGUACAAAAUGUCGAGUGAGGAAAUGCCUGAGAGGGCCGGGUAUGGAAAAAAGGCGCUGGAAGGAGGCCCGCGAGAAGAGAAGAACCGAACAAGCGAAAAAGAACACUGACAGUGAGCAAUAUCCAGUUUGUAGGCUGAAGCCAUGGACUGCUUGGACAGAAUGUUCUACGCUCUGUGGAGGUGGAAUUCAGGAGCGCUACAUGAUGGUGAAGAAGAGGUCCAAAAGUACUCAGUUCACUAGCUGCAAAGACAAAAAGGAGCUGAGAGCAUGUAACGUUCAUCCCUGUUAGGAAAACAGGGCUUCUGUGUGCCGCACUCUGAGCUACAAGGAAAGUCAGCCUUGGUUUGGUUUUUAAAACAACAAAAUAUGAAGUGUAUAUUAGUUUUCAUUUUUGCAGUGUGGUUUGCUUUUUAGUCUUGCUGGUGCAAGAAAUAUAUUUUAUAAAUAUUUCCUCACAAAUUAACGCUGAGAGUACGUCUUUGCUCCAGCUAGCCCUUAAUGCAUAAAAGUAAUAGCUCGUUGUGGUCAUUUAACCGAAAUAGACACAUGCCUGUGGACAUGGAAUAGCCAUACAGAAAUACCACUUGUAGAGACACGGGAUGCAUGCAUAUUAACAGAACUAAGUUGAUGUGACAUGUUUCAUACGUGGGAGGAUUUCUCUCUUGAUUUGAUUUUAAAAAUCCAAAGCAGUGCCUAUGUGAUUACACAACUAUGCCAAGGAAAAAUUUCAGUAAUGCUGGUUCAAUAAUAUUAAAGGUGCAUGUUUAUCUUUUUACAACAUUGGGUUAAGUGAUGGUUGAAAUAAUUACCCUGUAGACUUCUGUUCACACGGAUGCUGCAUUCCAUGCAAAACCAUCUUUGUUUCUUAAAUAACAACUUACUCAAAUAAUCUGUGCAGCUCAGUAGCGAUGUCAGCCCACAACACAACACGCAGGGAACACGUGGCUAUCGUAAUACCUGCCACUGUCUCUCAAAAUGGGCACAGAACUAAGAGAAAUUGGUCCAAACACUGCGAGUCACACCAGCUGUCAUGGGAAGAGCUCCCUGAGAGGCACCACAGAUGCGGUUUUAGAAGGAUGUUGAUCCCAGGUGAAGAGAGAAAAGAGCUUCAUGAGAAUGGUGAGCGAGGUUCCCCUGCAUCCCUCGUAGCAAACAGAAGGAAGGGAACUGCUGAAACCAUUGCACACAGAAUUAAAAAUUACAAUUUGAUACAAGAACAUAUUUACAUUUCUGUCAAUUUGUUAGGAUCUAAAAUACAGCACAUUCAUGAGAAUUAUCCACUUUGAUACGCGCUAGCCAGGAUAAGCAUCUUCCCUGGCCACUUAAGCAAGAAACUGUCUGAAAUAAGCUCCCAACCACUCUGAUCGCCUUUUCUAUUUUAUGCCUUCUACUGAAGAGUUCAGCUGUUAUCCCUGCACUUAGUGAGGUGUGGGGCUUUGAGGUUCACUUGUGCUGGAACAUAAUACUGUCCCGCACAUUGAACAAUUUAACAUUGAAGAUAAGGGGUGAAGGUGACAGGUUAUCUCGCUCUGCAGGAAGGGCAGCGUACACCUGUGUCUCUACGUGAAUAACAGCAGUGCACUGAAAAUAAGAGACUGUUGAUGCUAACAUAACCUUAAAGAAAACAAAAAACUGGGAGAAAUGAACGGAGAGGCAUUUAUGUUACAGUCUCUUUAGACCAGCCUUAACCAACUUCUUUAAUGCUCUGCCACAAUCCUGACAGCCCCACACCGAGGUGCUGUGUCCGCGUUUGCUGUGAGCCACAGUGGGCUGGGGCUGUGUGACCUAACGGCCGCUGCGCUGGGAUCUGCUGGGCAGGCUGCAUUGCACCGCAGGGCUUCUCACCAGCACGUCAGCACUGGACUCUGCAAGGACUGCUCAGGACUUCGUGGCUGCUGCGUGCCGCCCUUGAGGUAUUUGAUUGCUGUUCUUAGGCCUGGAAUGAAGGGAGAGCUGGGGAAAUAAUGGACAAGGGCAGUGCUUGGCCUCUUGCGAUGCUGCUGAAUGAAGUGGGUGCGAGCGCUUAGUGAGCCAAACUGGGAGAAAAACAAAAAAGCCGUUUCAUGCUAAAACCAAACACUUCACAUUUUGCACAGCUUGGCUCAUUUUAAUAAUAGUUAUCAAGCUAGUUUGCCUCCUCGUGCCUAUUGCCAAAUUCUAUCCCUAUAGCGCUAUCAUUACACUGUAGCACGAAGAGCGUCCCUGAGUAAUAUAGUUGUCACCUUACCUUGCAGUUAUCCAGUUAACGACCACAAAACAAAACAAAAUUCCAUGCAAUGAUAAAGACUAUCAAACAGUGACCAGUCGAGCACGUGUCAGGUCGAGAACAGAUGGUUGUAGAGAAGGGCCAGGUGCCCAGCUGGGCAGGGCUGCAGACCAGAGCAUACAGCACUUCUGCGAGCUGCUGCUGUGAGCUGAGAGGCCAGCAGCUGAGGUUGGUCAGCAGCAAAGCGGCCCUUCGGCGGUACGAGCCGUGGCAGUGGUGGUGUGCGUGGAGCUGGGGGAGCCGGGGCUGGGGGGACAGAAGAAGAGCAUCUCUUGAAUGGAAAAAAAUGAUGUGAUUUUACAGAGCACAUUUUUUCUCAUGCAUCCUGGCCAGCUGUCCAUGCUAAUCCUGCAGAACCGUGCCAACUUCUGCAAAUAAUCCAUUAAAAUUAACGGUGUCUUUAUUUUCAUAGUUUUUCCGGUUCAUCAAGCUGUUUUAUCUGUUAAUGAUUCCCUUUGCCAAGGGCUGUGCAGUCCAGAUGUACCUUCAGGCACGUAGGAAAUGCGCAGCGUUCUUCUGAGCGCGCUUACCAACAUGCCCACACGACAUGAACAUGUCCGGCUUUCCUUUCACUGUGGUUCUUGCUGAUUGGAUGCUUCACAGACCUGUCUUCUAGUGAGGAGCUCCUCAGUGUGAUUCCCAGUCAUUUCUCUUAGGCUCAUUAAACUUACCAUUGUAGGAUUUUUUUUCCCACCUCGCUAAUCCGUGCAGUGACAACGUGGGUUGCAUUUGGGCAGAAAUGUCUGAUCAGUCCUGCUUCGGCUCAUCUCUUCGCACUGCUCUUCUGUCAGAACACUUCACGAGUCACCUGUCUUUCUUCUAACUUGAUAC